UACUAUGUUUCGUCCUUUGAGUACUGCGGAAAAUAACCAGGCGAUAUUAAAUGGCCCGCGGUUCCACGGUCAGACCACCAAUAUCCCAAUCGAGCCUUGUCAUAGAGAGCUACUACACUAUCUCUCUGGCCAUCCAACCACAUCAAUGGCCGGCAUCGAAUCGCGUCGGGAAACUCCUCGAUUGAUCCGAUCUCAGCUUUGUGGAAGGGCGCGCAAGGUCCGAGACCCAACGUGCAUUGGUAUUUGAUAUGUGCGUCAAUAGCAUGGAGAUUCCCCCUUAAUGGUAUCAAGAUAAAGCUGGCCGUCCGGACGAUUUCGAGGUAGGGUUCCUUUAUCUUUCUGCCAGAAUCAACGGCUUGACUCUUGGAGUUAGGUCAGCCAAAUCCUACAAGUUCAACUUGAAUAGACAGUUCGAUUGUAUAUCGCUAUAUUUGAUACCAGCUUGAGGAGUCCUCCACUAUAGGCGAUCAUCACUCGCAGCCAGCAACAAUCAACAACAGGCCGCAUGACAAUGGCAUCCUCAUCCUCACCUACCGACUUCGUCGUCCUCGGUGCAGGGGUUGCCGGACUCACCACGGCAGUCGAGCUACACCGCGCAUUUCCCUCGGCCACCAUCGCCGUGGUGGCCAAGUACAUGCCAGGCUACACAUCCGCGACCGAAUACACGUCUCCGUGGGCCGGGGCGAACUGGCAUUCUUUUGAGAAAGAACCCAACCAAUUCGCCGAGUACGACCGGGCGACAUAUUCUCGCUUCAUCGAGAUUGCCGCACAAUCGCCCGAAAGCGGGAUCGAGCCAUUGCCGCUGAGGGUCCUCUACGACACGGACGAGACGCGCCGCAAAGGCCUGUGGUACGCCGAGCACAUUGGAGGCGUCAAGGAGGUUCCGGAGAAUGAAUUACCUCCUGGAGCCGUCUUUGGGCUGGACAUGGCGUCGUUUAUGAUCAAUACGACGGUGUAUCUUAGUUGGCUUCAAACACAACUUCUGCAAUCCAAAAAAGUCACCUUCCUUCGCCGCCACUACCACCACAUCGACGCCCUUCUCAACGACUUCCCGGACGCCCGCGCCGUGUUCAACUGUACAGGUCUAGGCGCACGCAAGCUGGGCGGCGUCGACGACGAAGCCGUGUACCCGACCAAAGGCCAGACACUUCUGAUCGCACAGCCCAAGGAGCCCUUGAAGCGCAUGUACGUCCAGACGUCGGCCGCGUGGGACAACGAGUUUGCCCACGUCUUCCCGCGGCCCUUGGGCGGCGGCGUCAUCAUCGGCGGCGUGCGCAGAGACAACGACUGGACCGCCGAGCCGGAUCUCGAACUGGCCGAGCGCAUCAAGCAACGCUGCUGUGCGUUGGCACCGGAGCUGGGCAGGCCGGAAGAUCUACAAGUUAUUAGUCACAAUGUUGGCUUGAGACCAAGCCGAAAAGGAGGUGCUCGCCUAUCCCUAGAAAAGCGCAAAACCCACCAGGGUCAGGCGCAGAAGGACCGCCUCGUCAUUCACAACUACGGCGCUUCAGGGGCCGGUUAUCAAUCAUCAUGGGGCAUGGCCGCCCACGCCGUCAAUCUCCUAAAGAAAUCCGAGUCAUCGUCGACAUCGACAUCGACCGUCAAAUCGAAACUAUAAAUUCUACAUAUGCCAGUGCCGAAGGGAACCUGCAAAUCAAACGCGAAAGGGGCUUGCCUUGCUUUGCUUUGCUUUGCUUUGCUUAGGACUAUCUCAUUCUGCGCUACAUCAUAUGAAUAACCAAGAUUAGGUCGAAUACUAGUAACCCACACCCACACCCACACCAUGUUACACGACUGCUCUUUACAAUACUUUAAUUUACACCCUCACCCGCCGUUCUCUGGAUCAGCAAUGCCAAUGCCAAUGAUACGAUAUCAUCAAAACAUUCGAACGUUCGACAGACACGACCGAGUCGAAUCGAACUCUGCACGCCUUGAUUGGCAGGCUUCUGAGAAAGAAAGAAACAAAACAACACAAACGGCAAAGGACACAAAGGAUGGAAGAUGGAAUAGAAAUAGAUCACGAACCAGCAGAAAAGACGAGAGACGAGUCCACGAUGUUAUGGGUACUGGUACUGGUACUGGUGCUGGUGCUAAAUGUGUCAGAAUUGUCGAGUUGUAAAGAGGAUAGAUAUAAUGCCGUGUCGCAGAAAGAUAGAGGUCCAGCCAGCCCGCGGACAGGCGCCAUGUGCCAACACCGUUCCCGAGGACACCGGCAAUAAUGAAACGUAGACGGAGAUGGCUCUGAGUCCUGACAGGUAGAGAUAUUUAAGUAACAUGACUUGUUUUCUACCAAGGCUUCAAGAACUUCAGAUUGCUAUGCUGAUACGACACCAA